AUGGUGUCCGAAGAGCUUCUCGAGAAGUCGCUAGACAUCCUCCAGGACCAGGCCCUGGACGAAGAAGAGCAGGCGGAGAAGGUUGAAGACUUCUUGCGCGCCAACUCCUCGUUGUCAGGUCCGUCCUUGGAGAAUGCCGUCUUGGACAUCUUAUGGCGGCAUCGCAAUCGCACGCUGCCGGACUCCUCCCCACCCCCAGCUCGCCAUACGGUUAUUCGUCGGUCAUCGCCUGCACCAUGGCAGAUGACACGCGCUUCAACACCGCUCUCCCCUCAGCCACCAACACUAGGAACCAGUCCGGGGAGUACCUCGUGGGUGCAGAACUCGCGCGGGGCAUUCGCCCGAGCUCCACGUUCCUCAACCGUCUCCCCGUUUACCUCUCCGCGACCAUCGCCCCGCCUUGCGCUUGCGCAGCCUAUUCCACACUCUCCAAACUUGAAUGCAUAUGAAUUUUCUGAUCAAAGCCAACUUGCCAACUUUUACGAUGAUUUGGGCGGUGAUAGCAAUGUGGACUGGCUGGUCGGUGACGAUGCGAAUAGUACUACCUCGUCUACUGGUGGGCUCAGUUUCCCUGGAUCCUUGAGCGCGACUGCUGCAGAGUUUGUCCCGGAUAUGAGUCCACAUGACAUCUUACGCACUGUACUGGGAGACAAACGAACGAAUGAGGAAAUUGAAACUGCCCUGGAAGCGAACAGCUACGAUCUCGGUGCCACUAUCGCCGCGCUCUCACAAGACUCGGAGGCAGAGACCGUGUUGAAGCAAACCGAGGAUGCGCGAGUGCUGGUUGGUAAAUCUAUGGCGAUGGAGCAAAUUCGUCCGGUGACGCCCUCGGGCAACGGUCGCAGUCCGGUGGUUUGCAAGUACUGGCUGUCUACUGGUCAGUGCCUAAGGGCUGACUGUCGAUUCAGCCAUGACCUCACUAGCCAUGUUUGCAAAUACUGGGUGAUGGGAAACUGCCUGGCAGGAGAUGGCUGCCCAUUCUCUCAUGACCCUUCGGCCCUUAUUUCCAAUCUCAGCGUCUCAAGCAACAGUCGCCCAGUCUCACCGGCGCCGAGUUCUCUGUUUCAGGUUGACAGCAACUCAGAUGCUUUCCCCCCGCUCUCAUCAACGGGGAUGGAGGAUCAAUGGGCCAACCCAUACAAUAACCGCUACCCUGGCCUCGGAUCCCAAGCAAAAGCUAUUCCCCCAGGUCUUCACCCUGGCAUGGGUAGACGCAAUGGCAGCAUGACCCAUCUUGGACGUCCAACCUCUCGUCCAACCAGUCGUCACCAGAACCGACCGGAGCUCAACCCUACUGCUUUGUCUGUUGACGACCCAGAUGCUUUCCCAACCCUUGCCGCUGUCAGCGCAAAGAAUGCAGCCAAGAAGCACCAUGGGAAACGAGGGGCCCAUAAUGGGGCCAAAGAAAUUGUACCCUCAUCACUUGCUGAUGUUGUCCGCAUGUCACCCUCGCCUGGUCCCAACAAAGGCAAAAAUGCUCCUAAAAAUGCCAAGGAGACCAAGGGCCGUGAGAACAGUGCCGCAGCUAUGGCAAUUCAUGCGCCGCAGAAUAUUCCUUGGCUCGAGACUGGCGCGAGGGCGAAUCAGCAAUACAUCAAGUAUCGCACCGAAGCUAUUCGCCACGGGACAGUGCGCAACAAGUUCCUGCAAAGUGCUGCUCAAGCAUGGAACCGAAGCGAUGCACGGGCUGCCAAAGCACUUUCCCUUCGCGGUCAAGCAGAGAACGAUGCGAUGCGCCGCUGCCACCGAGAAGCAGCACGCCAGCUGUAUGAAGAACGCAAUCAACAUUUGCUCCAGGCAGGCCUGGAUGGAGCUUCAGAAGAGCUCUAUGUUGAUCUGCACGGUCUCCACCCCGAAGAAGCGAUCGAGUACCUUGAGAAAAUCCUACUCAAGCACGCUCGGGAAGGCCUCCCAGUUGUAUACGCCAUCACCGGCACAGGCCAUCACUCGAAGAACGGAAAGGACAAGAUCGGCAAGGCUGUCAAGGCCUGGCUGAACGAGUGGCGCUAUCUCUUCCGCGAAUUCAGCGUGCCCGGUGAGCGGGGUGGCUAUGUUGGUGGUAUCCUGGGCAUUGACCCGUCCAGCUAUGACAAGUCUCUUGCCAAGGCCCUGGCAGAGAGUGAUGAUGUACCGGCUGACGGAGGCCAGCCGCCUCUCACGAUAGGCAAGAUUCAAUUACUCCGACGCGAGGAUCUAGAAAUGAAGAACUCAUGA